AUGAGUUCCAAUCGGAUUCAUUCAAAUAUUUAUUCACAAUUUUCUGAACAGUACAAAGAUUACAUACAUGUGUUCGAUCGAAUUUACAGGCUCGAUUCGGCUUCCAAUCAAGAUAUCGAAGAGAUAUUAAAUUUAAUUUUGAAUAUUCUCAUCGAUAAAUACCAGAUUCCAGUUAUCCAGAUUCUGUCAACUCUAAGUACCGCAUGUUCCUAUAAUGACCGAUAUUCAUCAGCUUAUUGGUUCAUUUUCAAGCGUUUAUACGAAAAGUUCCAUCCAAAACUGAACAGAAUCUAUUUUGACAAACGAUUUAUGACGCUAAUCUCGAAAGAAUAUGAUAUCAAAUGGCUGAUCAACAAAGGAAAUAAAUUCUGCGACUUAUCAGUUGAAGAAAUUCUUUCAGUUCAUCCAAAAAAUUCUCUUUUAUUCUGUUUGAUGAAUGACGACAUUGAUGGGCUCAGACUUCAUUCAAUUAAUAAUGAUUUCGAUCUUGAUAAAGAGUUCAUCUUCAAUGAGAAUAACAAGUUCACGUUACUCGAAUAUUGCUCUUAUUAUGGCUCCGAGAAAUGUUUCAAAUUUUUGCGAUCAAACAAUGUCAAUUUGACAACAAAAUGUUUACAAAACAGUUUAUUAAGAGGAAACAGCAGUAUCAUUAAUGAGUGUAUCAAACACGUUACUCCAGAUAUUUACUGCAUGGAGUCUGCAAUUAUAAGUCACAACAUUGAUUUCGCACUUUAUUUGAGGAGUAAUUUUAAUCUGAAUAUUGAAUUAGAAAUGAUUGCCAAAUACAACAAUUUACCAUUGUAUUUAGUAGCAAUCGAUGAAAGCUUCGAUUUAGAUGAAUGUUUAGUUUAUUGUCCAGGGUUUUGGAUCUUUGAUUUGUUCAAAUUUGUUUUCGAUCAUUCGAAAAAUCCGAAUUUCCAUAACUCACAAGGUAAAACUUCUCUUCACAUUGCGUCUAGAGUGAAUAAUCUCGAUGUUGUUAAAUUCUUAAUUGAUAAAGGAGCAGAAAUAAAUUCGACAGAUACAGAUAGUAAUACUCCAAUUCACGAAGCAGCAAAAUACAACUCAAUAUUAGUUUUGUCAUAUUUGAUUGAAAAAGGAGGAAAUAUUCAUUCUAUGAAUAAUGUUUUUGACUCUCCUCUUCAUGUCGCAAGUGAAUAUAAUUCAUAUGAAGCAGUAACUCUUCUAUUAGAGAAUGGAGCGUUUGUUAAUUGGAUGUAUGGAUCAAAUACUCCUCUUCACAAUGCAUCUCAAUUUAAUUGCACAGAAACCGCGAUAACUUUACUUGAAAAAGGAGCACAAGUGAAUAUAAGGAAUAAAUUUGGAUCAACACCAUUACAAAUAGCAGUUAAUAAUGAUGCAGUUGAACCAGCUUCGAUUCUUUUAUCUCAUGGGGCUUCUAUUAUUCCAGCAAAUGAAAAUUCUUUGAUUUUCACUGCAAUUUCAUUCAGAUCUUUCGAAAUGGUUAAAACUCUUGUUGAACACGGUGCAGAUGUUAAUGCUGUGAGCGGUGAAGGCGAAAAAGUUCCAAUUCAUUACGCAUCUGAGAAAGGCCGUGUCGAUGUUUUAGAAUUAUUAAUUGAAAAAGGAGCAGAUGUUAAUAAAACAGAUAAAUCAGGUGAAACAGCUUUGCAUUUUGCAUCUAGACUGAAUCAUAUUGAAGCAGUAAAACUACUUAUCCAACAUGGAAUAAACAUCAAUUCAAGAGAUGGAAAUGGAAAUUCGGCUUUUUUGACAGCUGUUGUCUGGAAUUAUUUUGAAUGUGCAGAAUAUUUGUUGGAAAAUGGCGCAGAUAUCAAUCUUAGCAAUUAUUCAAAGAAAACUCCAUUACAUAUUGUUUCACAAAAUAAUGCAAGAGCAGUUUUAUUCCUAAUUGAUCAUGGUGCUGAUUUGAAUCCACAAGAUUCAUGUUUGAGGACUCCUCUUCAUUCAGCUUUUGAAAAAGACAACACAUUGACUGCAAAGAUUCUCAUUGAGCGAGGUGCAAACUUAGAUGCGAUUGAUUAUUUCAAGAAAACACCAUUGCAUUAUGCAUCAGAAUCAAAUGGAAUCAAAACAGCUCUUCUUGCAAUUCAAUAUAAAGCAAAUAUCAAUGCUGUUGAUCGAUAUGGAAAAACUCCUCUUCAUUUUGCAGUUGAAAAGAAUAAUUUGAAAAUGAUUGAUUUAUUGCUUGAAAAUGGCUCUGAAAUCGAAGCAGAAGAUGAAAAUGGAAAUUCUCCUCUUCAUUUUGCAGCAAUUAAAGACUUUAUUGAUUGUGAAACGAAACUUUUAGAACAUGGAGCAAAUAUUGAAAAGAUGAAUAAAGAUGGAAAUACUCCACUUCAUUUGGCAGCUGAAAAAGGAAGUCAAAAGGUUGCAAUAGAUUUAAUCGAAAGAGGUGUUAAUAUAAAAGCUACAAACAAAAAUGGAAACACUCCUUUGCAUUUAGCAGCAGAAAGUAACAGUUUCAGAAUUGCUUUAUUUCUUUGCAACAGUGAAACAGUUAAUUUGAAAAAUGAAAAAGGAGAAACUCCUCUUCAUUUAUCAGUUAUUAAGCAAGGAAAUCAAGUUUUCCAUUUAUUACUUGAGAAUGGUUCUAAUAUUAAUGAAAGAGAUAAUGAAUGGAACACUCCUCUUCAUAUUGCAUGUAAAAACAAUAAUAUUGAAGCAGUUAAAUACUUACUUAUAUCACAUGCUGAAGUCAAUAUCCAAAACACCAGUGGGAAUCUUCCAAUUCAUUAUGGUGCGAUAUCUGGAAAUGCAGCAAUUGUUAGUAUUCUAAUUCAUUAUGGAAGUAGAAUUGAUGUUAUAAAUUGCAGUGAUAAGUAUCCAAUUGAUUUAGCUAAAUCACAAGAAGUUCUAAGCAUUUUCAAAGAAAAUCAAGAUGGAUCUUGUAGAAUUUAA